AUGAACAUCCAACGCAUGCUUGUGCAGCGGGACAGCGUGUCCUGCGCGGCCAGUGCCCUGACCACUCUGUCUACGGAGCAGGAUCGCCGUAAGCGCAAGGUGAAGCAGGAGUUGCCCCGCCCCCGUAAGGUGACAUCGGCGGGCAGAGGUGUGAGGGGCGCAGGAGAGGUGCCGCCUCCGCCAAGCGACGAUGUGAUUGCCCGUCUUCAAAGGCCCAGCUAUCAGUGCGAUUUCCAGCCGUUGGCGCUUUACGGACCCCAUGGAGUGGGGUGUCAACUGCCAGCACAGGACGUCCUGACGCUCGCCGACGGACAGUGUCUGGCGGACACAGUGGUGGACUUCCACAACAUGUACCCGAAGCUGGAAGGCGGCAAAACAUGGUUUCCUAUGGACACGAAGGCGUUUACGUUCGCGAAAGACCUGAACAGGGCAUGGCCCCUUGGACAUGCGCUGUGUAUUUUCGCACAGGACUACCUCGCCAUCCCAGUGUACUACGAGGGCCACAACUCGCUGGUCAUAGCGACGAACCUCCGCACCAUGGUCAGCGGGAAGCUAUCCGAGACUGCCGAGGGCGGCGUCGAGCUGGUGCAUUACGAUAGUGCACAGUUGCACACUAAUAAGCCAGAAGUGAUGGAGGGCGUCAAGAGUAUGCUGCUCCUUCUGCACAAAGCUAAGCUGCCCACUGCCGACCGGAAGCAGGCGGAGGACCAUGUGGAGUAUGCCGAAGUCUACGUAAUGCAUCCGGAAGACCACCCACAGCAGUCGAACGCGGUAGACUGUGGGAUUUAUGUUGGCAUGUAUCUUCGCGCCCUGGUUUCAUCCGGCUUUUCAAUCCUCAAACAGUUCAUGACGUUCUACGGCGCGAAGUCCCACGCAUACCGGCGCCAGCUCCGCGAGGAGGUGUCCCUCCACGCCACAGGUGACCUUAUUGUGAAGCUGUUUGGGGAGGGUGUGGAUGUUCCCGUGCAGCCUCUUCCCCAGGUGGGAGAACACGGCGCCCUUGUCUUUCCCAAGGAGGACGAAGUCCGCACGGACCUCGCGAGGCAGUCAGGCAUGAUAGCCCGUAUGGAGAUAGGGGGUUACGUGUUAGAAGCCUAA